ACCAUUAUCUAGCGAAAGAGCGGUGCUAGCAAGUUGAUGAGGCUUCAAUGGGCUUGCAUUCGUUGGGAUUGGGCCUCGCAACAGGAGCCGUUCGCAGAGACGUUCAUCCUGCGGGCGGCGGAUUGGAGGCCGACUGCACCGUGGCGUAGCUGGGGGCAAUGUCAUAGGAUCCGGUUCCGCGACGCGCCGCCUCCCCUUUCGCGGUUUCAGCAAAGCGAAGCACGGCGCCUGCCUCGAGCAAACCCUUGCCCUCUCGUUUUCCUCCGCUGCCUCCCCUCGACUGGACUGGGGUGGAGUUCUGUCGGGACGUGGAUUAGUUUCUGCUUUCGUUGGUUUGUGUUCCCAGCGAAGCCUCAAAACAUUCCUCGAGGAAGUAUGCCUAAGAUAAAGACGAGCCGUGUUGAAUAUCCUGAAGGUUGGGAGCUUAUUGAACCUACAAUCCGUGAGUUGGAUGCCAAAAUGAGAGAAGCUGAAAAUGAUCCACAUGAUGGAAAGAGAAAGUGUGAAGCUCUCUGGCCAAUUUUCCGUAUUUCUCAUCAAAGAAGCCGCUACAUAUAUGAUCUUUACUACAGGAGGAAGGAGAUAUCAAAGAAGCUGUAUGAAUUUUGCCUGGACCAGGGUUAUGCAGACCGUAAUCUGAUUGCAAAGUGGAAGAAGCCGGGUUAUGAGCGCCUUUGCUGCCUUCGUUGCAUACAGACACGUGACCACAAUUUUGCAACUACAUGUGUCUGCCGGGUCCCCAAGCACCUCAGGGAGGAGCAAGUUAUAGAAUGUGUCCAUUGCGGCUGCAAGGGAUGCGCCAGCGGUGACUAAUCUUGUCAUUAUGCCGUUGGGCACAUGACUCAUCGUCGUAUUCUAACCACUCGAGAUGUCUCGUGAGGAUGGGCUGAUAAAGAGCAAACGCUGUCUAGUGAGGUGAUUCGCAAUUUCGCAUGAAUGUAUUUUAAUCUUUAAGCUCAGGGAUGACUAUAUUUCCUGACGUUGUGUUCCCAACUGUUGUACCAUUGACUUGUUAUGUACUGUGAUGAUUUUGCCUCGUGCAAUUCAUGCUUAUACUAAUUUAUUAAAACUCCUGCGCUGUAGUAUCA